AGUUCAUCUGUAAAUAAACGUGUUCACGUUUAAAACGCAGCGUUCCACACAGUGGACGUUUCUACAGCUUCAGUGUUAACUAUGGAUCUAACAUAGGAGACCCUCUAUUCUUCAUGAACAGCCGUUAUUUAGCGGUUAUCCGUUAUUCUGUAGCCGUUAACCGGGGAAGUGAUGGAGGACCUGCCGCAGCUUCCUCCUGAAGUCUGGGUCACCGUGUUCAGCUACCUGAGCACGGAGGAGAAGCACACGGUCCGAGCCGGCUGCAGGCACCUGAAGCGGCUGAUCGACCACCCGUCGCUGUGGCGGGACUACACGGUGGUGCUGUCCGACCUGCGGCGCUACACAUACGGCUUCUGGGACACACUCAACCACCGCAAACUCACCCGGGUGGCGGUGCGGCACCUGCGGCGCAAAGAGUGGCGGCGGCUCGUCAAGUUCCUGCCGUCCCUCACCACCGUGGUGUUCGUGGACGGAGGGCGGAUCUACAAGGAGAAGUACCUGGACAACCUGGCCCGGUUCCCGGAGCUCAGAGACCUGGGAGUGCGGAACGCGACGUGGGACGAGGCGAUGCUCGGCCGGAGUCUGAGUCUGCAGCUGAAGGAGCGGAUGACUCACCUGAGCGUGUGCAACGUGCGGCUGCCGUGCACGGUGGACUUCAUCAACACGGUGGCUCACCUGUGCAACCUGCGCUACCUGCUGUUCCACCAGCAGGGUGAGGGCUACGGGCUGGACACCGUGAGGCCGGUUCCCUGCGGAGUCUUCCACAACCUGCUGCUGAGCCUCAGGAAGCUCCAGCACCUGUCCUGGGGGAUGAGGGGGGAGCCGCCGGAACCGCUACCUGACGACUACCUGAGUCCCUCGGACCCGGAGCACCCAGGAGCGGCCCGGUACGGCGGCCCGGCGCUGACCAGUCUGGAGCUGGUGGAUUACCCAGAAACCAUCCUGCCAGGGAACGCACUGAGGAGCCUGACCUCGCUGAGGUCGCUGACGGUCCGCUACAGGUACAUCAGAGAGGGCAUCGGGUGCCGCCUCACGUCCUGGCUGAGCCCCCUCCAACAGCUGGAGUCACUCACCAUCAUCGGCGGUAACUCUCUCGCUGCCUAUACGACCACCAUCCCGUCCAGUGUGACCAGGCUGACGCUGCGUGUGGCCAUAACCCUGAAAGACAUGGACUCCAUCGCUCCUAAAGUCCCGGGACUGGAGCACCUGGACAUCGAGCAGAACCGCUCCAGCGGCAGCCUCUGCAGACGCAUCCCCAUGCUGUUUCCUCAGCUCAGGACGCUCCGGAUACGGUUUUUCCGUAGAGAACCAGAGAAAGACCUGCUGAGCCUCCACCGGCUGCGACACCUGGUGCAGCUGGAGCUGCUGGUGGAGCGCUCCUUCAUCCUGAGAGAUUACCUGAACGGCCACCCGUGGCCCAGCCCCUGCGUCCAGGGGCUCAUCAACCAGCUCCGAGAGCUGUCCGAGAACAGGAUCGCCGUCAUCACGACGAUGCGCCAGAGAAACCCGCUGCGAGAGUGUGACUGUGUGUGGGAGGGAGACUGAGGAGGGGGAAAUAGACUUUAUACCUCCUGAAGAAGAAGAAGAAGAAGAAGAAGACAGAGUCGCCACCAGAGACGGGAACAGAAGGUUGAAAUAAAAGGCAUUAAAUGAGGCGUACUGAAGGUUGUCGGACUUUCUAGUUAUUGGAUAUUGAAUCAAAGAUUAGAGCGAUGGCCGCCAUCUUUUUGGCUGGAGACCCUUUGACAAUGAAGCACUUAAGUCAACUCGUGAGUUGUGAACACUUGAAAAUGAAUAAUGAAAGAGACGACUCAGCUCUGACUCUCACCGUAAAUCUUUAUUUAAAGCCGCUGAUCAAGUCAAAUAGCGGCACCAACAAAUAAAGGUUGGUAGCUAAUAAACUCCUGGUAAACAACACUGAGAGUGUUUGGAAUUACCGUUAAAUCUUACAGGGUAAAUUCAGAAAUCCUCCAUCGUCCCUCUGAUUUAUGGGCUUUUAAUGUGAAACUUCUGCAGGAAGUUCUGCUGGAAGAUUGGAAUGAAUUGUUGGAUCAAACAUGAAUUUGUGAUUGUUGAACUGAUGGAAUUAGUGCUGUUAUAAUGUACAUGAAUACUGAAUUAAUCGUGAAGGCAGCAGGUAGGACGUUUAGAAGUUUACAUUAACCGGAGCAUUUAUACAUUUAGAAAUAAAUGUCUCUAGUUUAAGGCUGGCUCAGAUAAAUAAGCUGGUGAUAUGCCAGUGUUAGACUUGAGUCAGUCAUCAUGAGAUCAGGGUAGGUAGUUUUAAGUUCCCUCUGUUUAGUGUCAGGAUAUUUAAAUGAAUGAAUAUCUCACAUUAACACACACUCAAAUGAGUCAUGAUAUCACUCGUAGUGCUGAACGUAAAGCCAACUUUGCCCUCAGAGAAGUAAUAAAUGCACCUCUGAUUUUUCAGGGGGAUUUUUUUGUUGUUGUAUUUGAAUCAUGUUUAAAAUAACUGACUGAUAAUAAACUACCUAGUUUGCUUCG